AUGGCGACGUGGGUUCCCGAGCAGAUCGUAACGGAGAAACUGGUUUCCCAGGACGACCCUGAAUACACAGCCGAAAUCCAGGAGGCCCGCGAGCAGUCUUCUUUGCCUUUGGGAAAGCCCCUAGAGGAGAAGAAGUUCUGGUUCCAGCGAACCAAAAAGACCUACGACCCUUAUUCUAUUGCAACACUACCAAGUGUCUUUGAUGUUCCCGAUGUUGCGCCCCAAUAUCAACCUCGCGAUGACUGGGAAAAUCUCCAUCGAUUUGACCCCUCGGCACGGUGGACCUGGGAGGAGGAAUUCAAAGUCAUCAGGAAGAUGGACUUUCGCAUCAUGUCGUGGUGUAUGAUUAUGUUUAUGGCAAUGGAGCUUGACCGAGCGAACCUGUCUCAGGCUUUGUCAGAUACCUUUCUAGAGGACAUGCACUUUGAUACGAACGUUUACAAUCUCGGAAAUACCGUAUUCGCAGUCUGCUUUCUAUCCGGAGAAUUCCCCUCCCAACUACUGAACAAGUGGCUGGGCCCGGAUCGGUGGAUCCCCACUCAGAUCAUUCUGUUCUCGGUCGUUUGCGCGUCGCAGUUCGCGCUGAACUCUCGAGCCUCGUUCCUUACAUGCCGAGCAUUUCUUGGAUUUCUGCAAGGGGGCUUCAUACCAGAGGUCGUCCUUUAUUUGUCCUACUGGUAUAAACAUCAUGAGCUAACUCUCAGGCUUGGCUUUUUCUGGACGGGCAUGUUCAUUGCGGAUAUCCUGGCGGCCAUCAUCGCGUACGGCUUGCUUCAUAUGAAAGGGGUCCAGGGCUAUGCUGGGUGGAGAUGGCUCUUUCUGAUCGAGGGACUUAUCACGGGUAGUAUUGGUGUCCUCUCCUACGCCGUGAUGGCUCCAGGGCCAACCCAAACUGCAAGCUGGUUUCGCGGCAAGAAGGGCUGGUUCACGGAGCGCGAGGAGAUCAUUAUGGUGAACCGAGUUAUCAGAGACGACCCAGGAAAGGGCACCAUGCACAAUCGGCAACCGGUAGGAUUGAAAUUGAUCUGGAUGAGUCUCAAAGACGUCGAUCUUUGGCCCUUAUACCUUAUCGGUUUGACUUUCAAUAUCCCCACGCUAACGCCGACUCAAUAUCUGACACCGUCGCUCCGUGCACUGGGGUUCGGGACUUUCGAGACGAAUCUCCUCACGAUUCCUUACUUGGUUUUGAAGAUUGUUUUGAUGCUGGGACUAGCCACUCUAGCUGAAGUGACUGGCCAGCUUGCCGCCUGUGCAUCAAUCCUCCAGUUCUGGUCUUUACCCUUCCUGAUAUAUUUGCGUGUUGUUGAUACGACCAAAGUGUCAAAGUGGUUGACGUGGGGGAUGACGAGCUUACUGCUCGCUGCGCCGCUUGGACAUCCAGUACAAGUGGGCUGGGUCUCGCGAAAUGCGAAUGCGGUCCGAACUCGAACCGUGGGUGCGGCGCUCUAUAAUAUGUUCCUCCACGCAGGAGUUAUCACAUCCUCCAACAUCUACCGAGCAGACGACGCGCCUUUGUACAGACGAGGCAACAGCAUCUUGAUUGGAAUCGCAUGUAUGAACAUCGUUCUAUAUGCCCUGGCCAAGCUGUACUAUGUUCAGCGCAACAAGUCUAGAGAUAACAAAUGGCAAGGGUUGACCCCAGAGGAGAAGCUUGUGUAUCUGUCUGAGAACAAGGAAAUGGGCAACAAAAAACUUGACUUCAGGUUCGCUUCAUAG